GAGAGAACAAGAGAUAUGGGGAUACAGGGUCUCUUGCCGCUGUUGAAGUCGAUCAUGGCGCCGGUCCACGUGAGGGAGCUGGAGGGCUGCUCGGUCGCCGUCGACACCUAUUCCUGGCUCCACAAGGGCGCUCUCUCUUGCAGCAGGGAGCUCUGUAACGGGUUGCCCACCACCAGGCACAUUGAGUACUGCAUGCGCAGAGUGAAUUUGCUCCGGCAUUAUGGAGUAAAACCAGUUCUUGUUUUCGAUGGAGGUCUCCUACCGAUGAAGAUUGAACAGGAGAACAAGCGUGGAAGGUCCAGGAAGGAAAAUCUUGCUCGUGCUAUUGAGCAUGAGUCAAAUGGAAAUCAUGCUGCUGCUUAUGAGUGCUAUCAAAAAGCAGUAGACAUCACCCCUUCCAUGGCACACGAGCUAAUCCAGGUCUUAAAGCAGGAGAGCAUUUCUUAUGUUGUUGCCCCUUACGAGGCGGAUGCUCAGAUGACUUUCUUGGCAGUCAGUAAACAGGUCGGUGCUGUGAUCACAGAGGAUUCAGAUCUUAUACCAUUUGGCUGUCCCAGAAUAAUCUUCAAAAUGGACAAGUUUGGCGAAGGUGUUGAGUUCCAGUACUCCAAGCUACAUCAGAACAGGGAGCUCAGUUUUGUUGGAUUUACUAAGCAGAUGGUUCUUGAGAUGUGCAUAUUGAGCGGGUGUGACUACUUGCAAUCACUCCCUGGCAUGGGUUUGAAAACAGCGCAUGCACACAUCAAAAAAUUCAAAACUUAUGAUAAAGUGAUUAAGCACUUGAAAUAUACCGGUGUUUCAGUUCCUCCAAGUUAUGAAGAAUUAUUCCAAAAGGCCAUUUUGACUUUCCAGCAUCAACGGGUCUAUGAUCCGAUUAAUGAAGCCAUUGUAUAUCUAUAUGAUAUAUCGAAUGUUGCUGAUGAUGAGUUGGAGUUUCUAGGACCAUCAAUACCGCAAGAUGUGGCCAGAGGUAUUGCAGAAGGGGAUCUCGAUCCAUUUACCAAAGUUCCAUUUCAGGGCAGGGAUGUUAGCGCCAUGGUGAUUGAGAAAGCACAAUAUUUGAAACUUUUCAAGCCCAAAGGUGAAAAGAAGAAGCUAGACUUACCUGCACAGAAGAAUGUCCUGACAAAAUAUUUUUGCUUCGCAUCUCUUGAAACAAAGAGGGAUUUCAAGGCUCCUAGAGCUACCUCUAACCAGUCAAGUCCAGUGGAUAACCUUUCUCAGAGUUUCAGUGAACACAAUUCUGAGGAGGCUCUGGCUGAUACGAGCCAUUGUCAACCGUCUGAGCUCCAUGAAGAAGAAGAUGGUUUCCCACGAGAAGUUCCAGAGGCAACAGGAUUAAUGGAAAGUGGUAAGCCCAAAGCCGAUCGUGGCCAUACGAUUCUGAUAUGUGCAGGUACAUUGGACGAGGUUGGAAGACCAGGGCUCUCAUUACUACAACAAUCCAGGCUUCCGAUUCAUAAACCUUGUAUAUCAUCGAAGGAGCAUCAACCCAAAAGCCCUAUAGACAGAGUUGAUGAAAAAACAUGGAAAGAGCACAAAAACCCUAUUGUAAGGAGUUCCUACUUUGAGCAUCAGUUUGUAAAUGAAACUAAUAGAGACAAGGAACGAGAAGAUACCCUGGUUGGAAGUGAUCCCACAAGUGUCGGAGGGACUGUUUGUGUGAAAGGAAUGAUAAUAAAAAAGAAGACCAACCCUGAUGACACGGCUGAAAAUGUAGGUGUAAACAGCAUCGAGGAUAAAACAAGAAAAGACGACAGAGAGGUCAUCGUAAGGAGCUCUUAUUUCAAGCAUCAUGCUGCGAAGGAAACUAAUAGAGAUGAUGGGAAAGAAAAUAUUCUGGUUAAGAGUGAUCAUCCAAUCAGUCUAGGUGAGACUGACUUUACGAAGCGAGUGAUCAUGAAGGGGAAAACCUCCCUUGAUGAUAUAUCGCAAAAAGUAGGUGUAAACGGAAUCGAGGAAAAAGCCAGAAGAGAGAACAGAAAGGUUAUUAUAAGGAGCUCCUAUUUCAAGCAUCAGUCUGCAAAUGAUACCGAUAAAGAUGACGAAAAAGAAAAUAUCCCAGUUGAAAGUGAUCAACCCAUCAAUCCAGGCGAGACUGACUUUUUGAAAGGAAGGAUCAUCAAGAGGAAGACCUCCCUUGAUGGCACAGUGGAAAAAGAGAGCUCCCAGCAAAAGCGUAUGCAUGUGGAUGAUUCUGUUGUCGAUGAUGGUAAUCAUGCCCCUGCCCCUGGAUCAGAGAAGUCAUUCACUGGUUCUGAAGAAAAAUUUGGAGCUGACGUCUCUCAUUUGGGCCGCUAUUCUGACAUAGCAGAAGAAUCAUUAGAGAGAUUCGUCUCGGUAAUAUCGUCGUUUAGAUUCACUGGUUCUGGUUCUCGUGCCAGUGGUCUCCGUGCCCCUCUGAAGGAUGUGCACAACACAUGUACAAAUAGUAGGUCCACUACUGCCCCAGAUUUCAGUCAGUUUGCAUAUGUGGCGAAGAACAGGAAGCCCAUGAUUCCAACCCGCAGGAGCUGAUUGUGGGCAGUAUAUUGCGAUGUAGAUAGUUGCAUCUGCUGAACUCCUAGUCAAUACGAUAGUUGCAGCUGUUAUAUUGCCCAGGCAUGGCCAAUCAAAGUGAACAUCCGCUUGUGUUUUAUAAUAAUGUGUGAACUAUGCUUGUUCUAAUCCUUUGCCAUCCAACUGUUAUGAGCAGGGUCGAUCCAGUAACGUGUUUUGCACGAGUCAAAAUCAUCAGCGACGUUGCUAUUCUUGCAUCAUGUCCAUCAUCUUCGAUGCUGUAAAUCAAGAUGUUACUCCCUCAUUUCGAGGCGGUGGAGGGACGGCCUCGAGGUUGAUUUUUUGUUUUUUCCCGAUAUGUUGGUUGAUCGUUUUUGUGGGAGGAGAUCCAUUUCAUCAGGUCAAACUAGCAUUCUAAAAUUGCUAGACACCUUUUGUUCAUAUUUUGAUUUCCGGAUCACUUUGAUUGGGAUCAUCUUUCGGAUUUCAUUCCAGAAAAGGCUCGAAUAUCUUGAGCCACAAAGUUCUGAUGGACUGGGUUACGUGAUCAGUUUUGCUUUCCUGAUUGCAAGUGGCAAUGUGGGAUUCACAAUCACAGAGGGUUAUCUACAAUUUUUGCAGGGAAUUUUAUUGUGGAACAUGUCAAUUAGCCACACGGCAAGAAUUGGCUAUU